CGGAGGCAGUCUGGUGUGAGCCGCGGCGAGAACAGAAGGGGCGACACCGACUACUCACCAGUGUGAGCCUGCCCUGCAGGGAGACUACAGUUUUAUUACCAGUCCUGCCUUCUGACAGUCUUACCUACAGCCAAUACGGACUAACUCGGAAGCCAGUAGACCACUCCAGACUUCAGCAGGGAAAACACAACCUUUGUCUCAUAAUACUACACGUGAGAAAGGUCACCCCAGUUUCUCCUCAAGUUCACAAGAUCCAAGAAAGGACGACACAAGAGGAAGAAGAUACAGGCGUCUUCACAUCACCUUAAGAACGACUACUGGUGGUACAUCACAGAACAGAACUCGUCUUGCCGAGCCCGAGUGAGCAUCUCAGUCCGAGCCCGUGGGAUGAGGAGCGUGCUAGUGCAGAGCAGUUAUCGGGAGGACAUGGCUUCAGCACCGAUGCCCGCGCCGUACCUUCGCCUCGACACCUACUCCUCUCACUGCUACAUGGGGAGGAAGAUGUUCAAGUGCCCGCACUGUAGUUACGAGACGAACCGGAGGAACAACCUGAAGCGGCACAUCAGCACGAUGCACCUGGCCUGCACCAAGUCCCUGGAGUGCUGCGAUCACCACUUCAGCAGCAAGGCCGAGCUCCGGGAUCACGUCUACCAGCACCACCGCUACGGCUACACCUGUAAGGUCUGCGGGCGGAACUUCUGCCGUAAGGCCCUGCUCAAGCGGCACCAGACCGUCCACAGCGGGAGGAAGGACUUCGUCUGCGGGCUGUGCGGCUACGCCACCAGCCACAAGUCCAACCUGGAGCGGCACAAGAAGAUUCACAGGUGUCCCGAGAGGGAGACGAGGAAGACACCGAGGAAUCGCAUCGGGGAGACCAGAGGAGCGUGCCAGUGACGACUCGGACUCGCCGAAGAAAC